AUGGGUGCCAAUUUACAUCAACUACUAAGAAGUCUCUGUUUGGAUACUGAUUGGAAGUAUGCUAUCUUUUGGAAGCUACAACACUGUGCUAGGAUGAUCUUGACAUGGGAGGAUGCUUACUAUGACAAUCUCGAUAAUUGUGAUUCUUCGCAAAGUAUGUACUGCCAGAAAAACCUGGAUCAGAUCUGUGGCGAGAACUUUUCAAACAACCCUCUAGGAUUAUCGGUGGUAAAGAUGUCAUAUCAUGUAUAUUCCUUAGGGGAAGGUAUUGUUGGACAAGUAGCUGUUAAUGGAAAGCAUCAGUGGAUCUUUGCAGAUAAUCAAGUUACAUGUUCUGGCCCAUCUUAUAAGCUUGUUGAUGAAUGGCAAUCUCAGUUUUCUGCUGGAAUCAGGACAAUUGUUGUUGUAGCAGUAGUCCCACUUGGAGUUGUUCAACUCGGCUCUUUAUAUAAAGUUAGUGAAGACAUCGAGUUUGUAACUCAUACCAGAAGUCUCUUUUUGUCUACUCGUGAUCAAACAUUUGGUUAUCUUCCUAGUCAAGUCCAAAGUGUGAAACAUGACACGGAGAAAACAAUGAUGGGUGAAACACCGGAUAAGUUAAUGCCCUUCCAAUGUCCUGGGAAGAACUACUCACCUCCUACUGUUUAUCAGAAAAUGACUGUUGAUGCCAGGCACGGAGGGCUUGAAAUUAACUGCGAUCAAAGUUCCAUUUUGCUUCAGUCAAUGUCAAAUAUGAUGACUGCAGAGAAUCAGAAACUAGAAGGUGUGAAACCUUCAAACGAAAGGAACAAUAAUAGCUUCAAAGAUACUAGUUUGAAAUCAGACAAAAAUGUCUCAUCAGUUUUACACAGUUCAGUUAUGGAUAAUAAUAGUAUUGGUGCCAAUGUUUUAGUAAGUCCAUACGUUAGAGCUGAUACUGAGAUGUCAACAUUUCAGACCGAGUCUUGUUACGAGGAUAUCUUGUACUCGUUGAAAUUUCCUGCUGGCUAUGAGCUACACGAAGCACUUGGACCAGGUUUUCUGAAAGAGAGUAAAUAUUUUGACUGGGCAGUACAGGGAAAUCAAGAUGGUAAAGAUGCUGAGAUGUCGGAUGAGUUUAGCUGCAGCCAGUUGACUUGUGAAUCACGUCCGGAGCAUCUUUUGGAAGCAGUGGUGACCAAAGUUUGCCGUAGUAAUAAUACUGUUGAUAACGAGUUUUCAUUUUCUACAUCAGUUCAUGAUGCAAUGGUCUUUGGAAGAAAUCCCGAAGUUCCUAUUCAUAAUGUCCGCCCUAUUAAUUCAGAAGGCUAUUCAAUUGAUCAACCAUCUCAUGUUAAAGAGAACAAGCAUAAUCGUAGUUUGAGUUCAUCAGGAAUAUGCGGUGUGAUAUCCCCCAAAAGCUUUUCUUCUGCAUGUCCUAGUUCGUGUAGUAACCAGUUUGAGAGGUCUUCGGAACCAUCUAAAAACAGCAAAAAGAGGGCUAGGCCUGGCGAGAGUUGUAGGCCUAGACCAAGGGACAGACAACUUAUCCAAGACCGUAUUAAGGAGUUACGAGAACUGGUGCCAAAUGGAGCUAAGUGCAGUAUUGAUUCACUUUUGGAGUGCACAAUAAAGCAUAUGCUCUUUCUCCAAAGCAUAACUAAGCAUGCCGAUAAGCUAAAUAAAUUCUCUGAAACAAAGACAAAGUUGCAUGAUCACAUGGAAAAAGACAUUCAUGGAUCCUCUGGUUAUCAACAGGGUUCAAGUUGGGCAAUGGAGGUAGGAGGCCAUCUGAAGGUUCAUUCAAUAUUAGUAGAAAAUCUUAGCAAGAACGGACAGAUGCUUGUUGAGAUGCUAUGUGAAGAGUGCAGCCAUUUUCUUGAGAUAGCAGAAGCCAUGAGAAGCUUGGGCCUGAAAAUUUUGAAUGGCGUAACUGAAACUCGUGGUGAGAAGACAUGCAUAUCUUUUGUGGUCGAGGGACAAAACAACAGAAAUCUACAUAGAUUGGAUAUCCUAUGGCCCCUUGUUCAAAUAUUGCAGUCAAAGAACACAAUGAGUGCAUGA